AUGGGAAAAAGCGAAGAGAGCGCCUACCGUACGGGAGACUUUCUUAGUACUGAAAGUGCUGCGGAGGAGGAACAGGACGAGCCCUCUUCGUCAUUGUCUUCCUAUGAAGAUGACUCAUCGUCUGAGGACGACGUCGGCGCGGACGCUUCGAAUGAGUACGAGGACGAGCCAGGUGGAAGACAACGAGGAGUUCCACGUGGAGGUCAACAGAAGCGCGCAUCACGUAAUGCCAACGCAGGUGAUGGUGGUGCCUACGAGGACAUCAACCCCAAUCCAAUUAGUACUAAGAGUAGGCGCGUAGGCGAGUCCCGUAGAGUGAGUAACCCGUCUCCAUACAAUGCGACAACAACAGCGACAUCGUCAAAAAUAUUAGACACGCAGAUGAAAACGACCAAUUCGUCGUCGAUAUUGAAAAGCAGGAGAAAAAGCUCUCACGCUCCUGGAGGCGGCGACGGUGCCUCCGGAAAAGGGAGUGCGGCAUCCUCGGGUGCGGCGUCAAAGGAUAACAAGGUUAUGAAAAAUAGAUGCGAUCAGAAAACACGACGAGGCAGCACUUACGACAGACGCGACCAGAGCAGUAGUAGUAGCACAGCCCCAGCGCAAAAGACGCAUAAUGAUGGAAGCGCGACGUCUGCGCCCCGGUACAUGGUCGAUACACUAGUCGGCCGCGGUGCUUUCGCGGAACUCUACAAAGUCUAUUGCACACGAACGCAGCGGAAUUACGCAGUCAAAGUGGAGAAGAAUAGGGGCACGUCAAAACUAGAGAAAGAAGCCAAUAUCCAAAGAGGGCUCGAUAAAGCCCUGAACGAACCUGAGCGCAGUGGAGGCAGGUACACAUUCAAACAACAGGCUUCGUUUGACGCAUGCAGUAGUUUCCUGUUCGUCUUUGUCGAGUUCAGCUUUGUAGAUAAUUGUGGUGACACGCCGUAUCUUCUCCUUUUCCUUAUCCAUCAUCGUCAUCCAUCAAUGCUUAGUAUGAAUGUCACUCCACAAAGUUUCAUGCUUUACAGGUCUUAUGUUCCACGCUUUUACGGUUUUCAUAACCUGCGAGACAAAGCGGGCCACGCUGGGAGUUCGCCAUCAGGGGAGCAGAAAACCCAAAUCCAGAGGAGAAGCAAACAGGGCGCCUUUAUGGUGCUUGAGUUGCUUGGUAGAGACCUUUCGAGGGUACGCAAAAUGGUAAAAAGGCAUAAGUUAAGCAUUUGCAGUGUUGGAUUCCUUGGGAAACAGCUCAUCCACAUCCUGCGAAAGGUUCACGCAGAGGGCGUCAUACAUCGAGAUAUCAAGCCGCAGAACUGUACUCAAUCUUAGCCACAUUUUUAUUUUGUCGUUUAUUAUUACUUAAUUUGAUGCAGGAUGAGGAGGUCAAAGAUGUUGAAGAUUGAUAGUUGCAUCAACUCUCUUGCUUCGUGACUCCAUGAUUUUUUGAUGACGUUUACUGUUUCUUUAUCUCUUGCAUCGAACUAAGUAUUUUACUGUCUUAUCUUGCCGUCGCCGUGGUGUACACGCCACUGCCACAAGAAUUUCUUUCCACCUUUCACCACGAUAGGCAUGCUCGGCAAUGACCAGAACACGAAGCUAGAUCUGCAUCUUGUCGAUUUUGGUCUGGCGAGAGAGGAUUUCUAUGAGGAAGCCGUCGGGCCAACCCCAGCUAGCAAUGUUAGCUUUCGUGGCACUGCUGCGUACGCCUCUCUUCGCUCCCUGGAGAACAUCGAACAAGCAAAAAGAGACGACCUUGAAGGCGUUUUCUGGGUAUCUUUCUUGAGGAUCAUCGUGGUCAUUAUCGUUUACCGACUUGUAUAUUUGCAUCAACUCACUUCAACUAGUAUCAAAUUGACGAAAAAACAGUCAUAAUGAAAGAAAACUGCACUAGAGCGGUUGAUGACGAGCACGACUUACACACAGAGUCAGUCGUGGCAAUCUUAAUCUACUUUUGUCAUCGUUUUGGCCCUGAUCAUGCUGUGCUAUGCGAGAUUGUAGUGCCUCCAGAUCUUUGGGCCGACUCAGAGCGAACAAAAAUAGGCUGCAAAAAGUGCGAGAGAUGGCAAAUAAUUGACUUGUGUCAGCGAACGACGACCCUCCUAUUCCUACUCCUCCUACUCCUCCUACUCCUCCUACUCCUCCUACUCCUCCUACUCCUCCUACUCCUCCUACUCCUCCUACUCCUCCUACUCCUCCUACUCCUCCUACUCCUCCUACUCCUCCUACUCCUCCUACUCCUCCUACUCCUCCUACUCCUCCUACUCCUCCUACUCCUCCUACUCCUCCUACUCCUCCUACUCCUCCUACUCCUCCUACUCCUCCUACUCCUCCUACUCCUCCUACUCCUCCUACUCCUCCUACUCCUCCUACUCCUCCUACUCCUCCUACUCCUCCUACUCCUCCUACUCCUCCUACUCCUCCUACUCCUCCUACUCCUCCUACUCCUCCUACUCCUCCUACUCCUCCUACUCCUCCUACUCCUCCUACUCCUCCUACUCCUCCUACUCCUCCUACUCCUCCUACUCCUCCUACUCCUCCUACUCCUCCUACUCCUCCUACUCCUCCUACUCCUCCUACUCCUCCUACUCCUCCUACUNUACUACUCUUACUACUCUUACUACUCUUACUACUCUUACUACUCUUACUACUCUUACUACUCUUACUACUCUUACUACUCUUACUACUCUUACUACUCUUACUACUCCUACUACUAUUAUUAGGUAUUUGCUGACCUUCUAUGGGGAGGACUGCCUUGGCGACGGCUAAACCUCGGCAAAAGUCGAGAGCGCGACCAGAAAAUUCGUGCUGGCAAGCUUGUGGUUUUUGAUGCCUUGCAAGAGGUCCGCGAGGGAAAACAGGCACUACAGCACAAUCUGCCAGCGGACGGCGUUUUCGCGGGGCCAAUCGACGCCAAGGGAAACUUCACAGUGACUAGCGCCACCGAUGGAAUCAGUCUUCUGGAAGCCUUGCCACCGCAAAUGAUCACUUUCCUCAACCAUCUAACCUGUCUCGAAUUUGACGAAACCCCGCGCUACGACAUCUUCGAAGCAUGUUUCACAGACAUGGAGCAGAGUGGUAUACUACAACAAGAACAAUGUCAAAGUCAAUGAUGAAAUGAAAAUUAUGUAAGUAUGUUCUAUCAAACUUCGUGAUUAUGCGGUCGUAGAAGAGUAAGAAAAGUUCAUCUCCCUCUCCACCCUGCUUCAAUUAUGACCAAUUCAAAUAGUACAGACCAUGACUAAGACGAUGCUUGAUGUUGAGUUGUUGCUUGUUGAAGAUGUUCAAUAUUGGAGUUCUUGACCGCCAUUCAUCCAUGCCACGACCAGGUGAUACGGAUGCAUUCCGGAAGCACUUUCAGGGACGCCACAAGGAAGACGCAAUAUCUCGCGAAAUUCAUGGGGAUAACACCAAUAAGAAGUUUUUCAACGGGCCUUCAGACUUGAAACAGCUGCAGGCAGCAGCAGCCCUAAAUGCCAAGCGACAGGAGCAGGAGGAGCAGCGGCAAACAGAAAGGGCUGGAGAGGACGACGAGGCGCGACUAGGGGAACAGCAGCCAGAGUAUUGCAACGGUACUCCAACACCAGGACUACACCAUCCUGGAGCUGGCAGAAGAGACUACUUCGCGGACGCUAAUAAUCAAAAUCAAACGUCGCGAAAGCGAGCCGGCGGGGAAAGGUCUCCGGCAACAGACGAAGAGAACGAGGCUGAUGCUGGUGGCGGUGGAAUUUUUCUUCCCCCUGAAGUGCGUGGCACGCAACCCGGACACGACACCUCACCGCCGGCGGGGCACCAAAAUACCCAUGAUUCUAGCAGCGCACGAGUGGCUAAUACCCACCCCCAGCAAUCUCGUGACAAGAACGCGAAUGCUUUUCCUAGGGGUGUGACUGGUGAUAGGGCCAUGACCCUCUAUGUUACCGAUACGCGAGGCGGACCCGUGCAAGACCACCAGCAGCUCCAAACGCAGCGAUCAUCGGGCGUAGUUACGCGCAACGACGCGGCUGGAGGAACAGGGAAGCCCAGAGAGCAGAGACCACCCAAAUUGCAAAAGCGAUCUACAGCACACCAUCAUGGUCCUCCAUCAUCUUCAGGAGGAGGAAACACAGGAGCCGCAGCUUCCUCCUCCUCGUGUGCGGGCGGAACGAGUCAGUCCACCCACUGGCAGCCGCAGACAAGCCGAUUCGAUAAGGACCCCAACCCAUCCCAUAGCGGAGGAAGCAGUCGCCAGUAUCAUGAUCAUCAGUCAGGAGCAGGUCCCGGCCCAAAUACUGGAGGUAGUGGAGAAGGUGGAAGUGCUGCCUCUUCUUCAUCUCUUUUCGUUGGAGCCUCCAGAACAAACAGCGCACGUGGUGGAGGCUUUGGUUUUCAUAGUCGCGAUCAGUACAGCUACGAAUCGGCUGGUAUGGCCUUGACACCAAGGGGAGGCCUAACACGGAGAAACAAGAAUCGUGAUGCCGCUUUGGAUCAGGCACCCUCGACCUCCGCUAGCUUCCACUACAGCCAGCCGUAUUCGUCUUCGACUGGAGGUCGAGGAGGUGCAAGUAAAGUAGUGCUGACGAGCCGCAAAAAUGUAGGAGCAGCACUACACCAUCAGCAUGAUUACCUUCCAGCCACGUCCUCCAACAGAGUUCCACCGACAUAUGGUGGAGGACAAAAAGCAGCAGCGGGCUCUACUGACCAAGACGGGCGAGACUAUUCUCCAGUUUCGGGUACAAGAAAGGAGUCAGGCUUAUUUAGUAUGACAGCCGCUUCUAGUAGCAGUAACCAUCUUGGAGGACGAGGAAAUGCAGUUGGUGCAUACAUCAAUAGUGGAGGUCGCUCCUCACCCAUAAGUACCAGUACUAGUGGCAGAGUACAUCAGCAAGUAGACGCCUCCGGUUCCUGUAGAAAUUACCUGAACAAUAAAGCGCAAAGAAACGGGCAUCACAAUAUGAUGGGCAGUAAUCACUAUGGUGGAUCGACAGCGACGACGUCUGGGACGAGUGCGUACGUCGCUGGACCGUCCUCUAGCUACGAUCAUUCACGACCAACGCGCGGCGCGCAGAAGAUGCCUGCUAGCUGCUCUCCGCCCGGGCCCCCGCGCAAGAAGAUGCUGAAGAGCAGCGACCGCGGUGCACCGUCGCGCCACUCGCCCUCAGACCAUCUGCGGCACCAGCAGCGAGCGUUGCUCGCAAAAGCAGAGGAGCGAGAAAGGAGGGAACAGGACCUUGAUUUCCCUGUUUUAGUGCCAUCCAAGGCGAAUAACAUCAAAAGAUCACGAGUAGAGUUCAACAACAUGAUCGGAGAAACAGAUUAUAAUCAUGACUUCCAAGACCGCGGUUCUUUCCACAGCCGCUACAAUAAUCAUACAAAGGGUGUUUCACACAGACGCGACUCGGGAAGGAGUAGCUACCACAUGAACUCAGGAGGAGGAGGCGCGUCAGUACAGCAUUCCUCGCUCUAUUCGCCACGUGAGCAGCCAGGAGUUGGGGGAAACUCAUCCGGAGGAACUCUAGCACCUGGCGGAGGGCACCGAGGGACCACCGCUGCGACAUCCCCGAGGCAUCAUCGAGACGUCGAGCGUGUGACGCCGCGGGGCGGCCCAGUGCCGCCGGAUCGCGAUUUGUGCUCGUCGCGCUGGGAUGCUUCGCCAGCAAUGCGUCUGCCUCUACCGGAACGAACAGACAACUGGUGGGGUAGCGGGUCAUCGGGGGAUCGCGACCGUCGCUCUCCGGAGGAAAGGAAGAAGAAAUAUAAAGGCGAAAGUGGCACUGCUUCCUCGACAACGACGACUUUUCCGGCAUUCGGUUUUGCAUCCCUAACGACCACGAACGCCUCCGCAGCAACACGCGGCUUGGAAGUAGACCACGCGGACGGCCGCCAACAUGCAGACUUCGACUUCCACAGAAAAAGGAGGGCAGCAAGUGGUGGAGGUGCCGCAAAACAUGGCUCCGGCGAUCGCAUCCACCUAUCAUCUGAUCAUACUGGAGGUGCUGGUGGAAGAGAGCAUCAUGCUGUACCACGAACAGCAAGUAAGAACAGAACAUCCUCCGGCGACUCUGCUGCAGCGCCGUUUCAACCACCAUCGCGAUCGAGACCUGGACCCCGGAGGCGAAUGCCGGCGCCCAGUCCUCGAACGAUUCCAAGCGCUGAGCAUCUGUCCAAAGUGCGCGCCGCAGUCUAUAGUAGCUGCUACUAG